AUGCCUGAACGCAUGUAUGAGUUUGGAAUUAGGAGGAAGGUAUGUAAAACGUUCAAGGAUAUGAAAGCCCUCCUUAAAGAUAAAUGUUCUAAAGAGACUGACGUUUUUCAAGCAAAAAGGGUAUGACCGUAAACCUUAUAUUUUUCUAAACGUAAAACAUUUCUCAGCUGAGGCAUUAUUCCUUUCCUGUAUGCGACGCCGUCAAAUAAAAACUAGGUGAUGUGUUUUAUUUUUCUCCCAUGCAAAUAAUAAAGGCCAGGCGACAUAACUAUUUAAGGUAGAAAAUGUUACAUCACGGUAGUAAAAUGAUAUCUAGGAAGAAAAUGUCACAUCGCCCAGAAUUGCGACAGGUACUUACAGUGCGCAGUUUCUCAAUGUGCGGCAUAAUAACUGAAUAAAUAAGCUUUCGGAAAGCCAGCUAAAUACCGACUACUCUCGUAAAAGAAUCGGUAGCUAAUCACCGUACCGGUUUAAUGCGUAAAGUGUAUUAGAUCUGCAUGACUGCGUGCGACGGCCAGACAAAUAUUUGUCAAAUGGCAAAAGAAAUGAGCGGAACACUUACCUCUAUUUCAUCGUGGCCUUUCAGUUUCGUAAACCGGUCAAAGCAGCUCAUAUAAAAGACGCACUCUUUUACUCGAUCGGUUUCCUUUGCGUUGGUCGCGGAGUUAAAAAUAAUAAAGAGUUUUUCUCAGUUUGUAAGACGAAGGAGGUGAAGUAAAUGCUAGAAAGAAUAUUAUUCUCUCUUGGUAUAUGACAUUUCAUUUGAACAUCAACGAGUCGGUUAACAUUUAAAAAGCUAGCGCCGCGUCUUUCUUAAUGCUUGAGGGAACAUUGUCUGAGAUAAUUAUUCAAAUUUUGAUCCGUUUCAAUUCAUUAAUAUGCAGGCGGGAGUUUCAAACUAAGCCGCGCGUGUCCUCGGAAUUUACGAACGUAAGCAAGCAGGACUACUGUUAGAAAUCGACGAAAAGCCAGAACUUCCCAACAACGUAAUCGCACCAAACUUUCAGAGAGUCUUCCUUAGUGGUCAAACUAACAUAGCCAUAUGCUGACGCAUGAACAAAGUGACUUGCCGAACAGAUAUUUAGUCUCAAACGUGACCUCCCAUACAAAAUAGUGACUAAAGUAGCCGAUUUUCAAAGCGAAAAAGCCAGAACUUCUACAAGGUCUACAAAGUCACCAGUGGUCUUUUAUUUUUUAUUAACGUCUCUUCUUCAAAAUCAUAUGCUGACACUAAUAAUUUUUAUAUAGUUUAGCCGAAAAAGUGUAAAACGUGAGCCACUCUGAACAGUUUUAGCCGUUUUUUCUUUGUUUUGGCCUCGGCUCGCUGAUCAUCGUUUCAAAUUUGGCGCUCGGAGUGCACUUAAAGUUCCCGGACAUGUCGCGUGAUUCUAGGAGGGGGGGCAUAUCACGGUAGUAAAAUGAUGUCAAGGUAGAAAAGGUCACAUCACGGCAGUAAAACGAUAUCAAGGUGAAAAAUAACAAUAAUUGUUGGAUUCUUUGACAGUAACAUUUCAUAGGACAUGUUGCGCCAUAUUAAACAUCACGUUAACAAAUGAUUUUGAAACAAACGGCGCGCCAUUUGGGGCACAAAAUUGUAAUAUGUUCCCUCAUCGAGAGUCUUCCUCACUUAGUUUAAAAUGUAACUAAAACAAGCUUACCUGCAUCGAUGUUAAGUUUUUCUUCGAUAGCUUACGUUUAGGUCGGUUUGUCCAGCUCCGCAAAUAUUCUCCAAUAGCAGAUGUGGCCCUCCGAGUUGUCUUCUUGCUUUUUUUGCUAUGUUUUUCGCCAUUAUUUCGCCUAGUCCCAGCUGUUUAUCUUACUCUUGAAACGAGUGAAGUGUCCGCCAUUUUACUUUUUAGAACGAAAACAACUCAAUCUCGUCCCCAGGUCUUCUCGGUUAACGGUGCAUUAACCUGUAGAAGGCUGCAUUUUUGACGUCAUUUCCUCGUUAAACACAAAAUUCUUCCAAAUUUGGUCAUCAGUAACUGGUUAUGGUGAAUUAUGCGUGUGCUUUUAGCCAAUCAGAAUUGGGGAAAUAUUUUAAAUGAAUAAUAAUACAGUUUAUUGAGAUAUACUAAUCUAGCAGCGUAGCACUGACAAAGUUUUUAAAAUAACUUCGCUUGUAGCUAAAACCGCCGGCCAGUAGGUUAUGCAAAAUGGCCACUGGUAAAAAGAAAAGCAUCGAUGAAUUGAACAUGAAGGAACUGACUAAAGUGAUGGACGUUCUUGGUGUAUCAGACGAAAUGGUGGAGAACCUUAGCGACGCGAGGUCUCGAGUAAGAUCCGCCUUAAAUGCGGUCGAAAAGACGUCGAACUCAUGGUCACCAGGAGAGGUAAGGUAUUUCAGUGUAAGUGAAGGUUUCAGAACCGUAAGGAAUUUGGCCGGGGUUCAUGAGUGUCCUUCAAGAGGAGCGGCAUUUCGUGAUUGCUUUGAUGGAAGCUAUGCGACGUUAAACCGUUAUUGCCUAAGACCUAAGGAAACUGGCUGUAAAAUAACAGUAUUUAUUUCAUUUAUGUACGGCCCCAAAAGACACAAAACUGUUUGUUUUGCUGGAAAUUUCAUUUUCUCGUUUAAAGGUUACACCCGUUUCAUGUGCUUUUAAUUCUUGAAUUAUGUUUGGCAAAAGCUCGAUGUUGAUUUGGUUUGGCAAAGUGAAUUAAGUUUGACGAUGUCUGUCGUACUAUAUGAAUCUGCAUGGUAUGGCAGAGUUUAAACUUCGUGCUCAGUUAUGCCGUGUCUAAAUAAAUUCAUAAGUUUGGAAAUGUUUUUUCGAAUAUCAUUGUAUUUUGUUUUUGCUUCAUUUACCACGGACUUAAAACUAGUACCUACAUAAUUAAGUUCCACUCUGGCACGAAGUCUGUUUUAAACUCGUACUAAUUCUUGCUCCUGUUGAGCGCAUGAAAUUAAUUACAAUAGCUCAUCUGAGUUCGGCAAGACAAAAGCACGACGUAUGAACUGUGCAUUACAUUUAUAUAUGUGCGUUUACAGCACUCCAUGAAAGCUCUAUUUUCUUUCUCGGAAUAUCGACCUGACUAGCCGCAGGCUCGAUUUUAGGACCACGUUAACGUUCUUUGAAUAUUUGGUGCUGGUUAAAAUCACCUUUGGUGUGCAUCUUUUGUUGCGAAUAGACAGCGUCAUUAAGAAUCUUUUUAAGGUCCUCAACACAUACAAAAAAAGGUCAGUUCACCUACGUUUGAACAGUAAGAGGUACAAGGAAUUCAAUUUGCUGUAUAUUUUGUUAUUUUCCAUCUUUCGUUGGGCAUCGUGGCCUAUCAACUCUGCUAGGUUAGCCUCGGCGUGGCACGCGCAAAAAUGGGAGGGGAGGGGGAGAGAGAAAAGCGCGAAAAAUGGUUGAAGAAUAAACAUGUGCUUCAUGUUAAAUUCUUUUUGACCAAACUUUGCUUUGUCUAAGUUGUUUAUCGGUUUCAUUAAGCGUCUUACGAUUGUGACUUUCUCUGUGAGAAAUUCAAAUUCGCUUUGUUCUUCAUUUUAGAUUCAAUUAGGCGUGAGCAAUUUUACAAUAUUAUUGUUUAAAAACAAUUUUUCGAAGAAACGUAUAAAGGAUUGUUUUUAUUAAAUAAUAUCAUCACCCAGGAACAAAACUAGUCGCGUUCGUCAGAACGCAUCCUAACGUGGUGUUUCUGUGGCACUAAGGCAGAAAUUUUCGAGCUUUCAGGAACGACUGCAAAUUAGCUGCCUCUAUUAACUUUAUCAGGGGCACCUCGGCCGGGAAACUGGACUCCCCUUCGAGUCGAUUUCGUUUCCGUAAUUUUUCCGUAAGUGAUGAAUGCGGAUCCAUAAUCAAUAAUAACCUCCAGUUACUUCAAACAUUAAUUAAUGCAAUACCACUCACCAUCUAGCGCCAAUGGAGAACUCAUAUAUCUGGAGACGCUGCCUCGAAAAUAAUUUUUCUUGCAUAUUUAAGUAUACCUGGAUUUUUGAAAACCCGCGGGUUAGCAAAAAUAGCAACUCAUUCUACUACAUGGCAAUUUAAAACAAUAAAACUCAUUCAAAGGCCGACUGAAAUCCUUUAUCUGACGCCGGGCAGUAAUUUGAUGGUCCCUAGAAGCAUUCCAACGACUCCAAAUUUAAAAUGACGCAAAUUUUAGAACAUUUAUUCAGUAAACUGACUUCACGAAGUUUCAAACCGGUGUCAUUUCCGUCUAGAAAUUUUUGAGUUGAGUGAACUGUAGCGAAAGAGUGCCUGGUUAAGGCUUACAUAACAACUUAAAUAGUUAGCAAAACACUACUUUUUAGCGGUUCGAUAAACAACAGGAUUCCGCAUGGAAUAGACAACAAACUGAAUGAAACGUAGUGUACAAUUUAUCACUUUCUUAAUUAUCUGCAAAAAUCGGCCUCUGGUUCAAUGCCAUUAGAACCUGCUGAAACUAGACCUAGAUCCAAUCUUCCUGAGUCGAGAGUCGCUUUUCCAAGGUACAAUCAGCUUAGCUAAACACCGACGAAACAAUAUUAAAUUUAUGAACAGUUUUUAUUUUAUUCCAUUUGUUUGGUAGAAAAGAAUCCUAUUUUUCUUGCAAGAACUGGUCUCCGACUGGAAGCUUAUUCACAUGAUAUUAUCCAUUGUGAAACCGAAAGUCUUCCGCUUUCAUCUCACCGAUCACGUGACAAUUAAACGUUAAUGGUAGGAGCAAGAUCACCAAUAGAGCGGAUUCCUUGAGUUAGUGUGCACUUCUUUGUCCCAUUUUUCCAAUAUAAAAGAACUUUUCAAAUUAAAAAUAAAGGAAAAGAAGGCUUUAGUAUACAACACCCAGGCAUUUUUCCUAAUAACUGAACAGUUUCCUUAUAAUGAAAGCAAACAGAGCGAGGUGACACCUGAGGUGAAUUCGGCUAUCUUAUGCACGUCCACUCAAAGUGAUCAUAUUGAUCAUAUUGAGAUACAUUGUUUUAUACAAUACUGUCGAAAUUGAAGUGAUUCGGCUAUUCCGAAUCAACCGGUAUAACCCCAUAUUCAAUUCCAGUGAAGUUGUCUAACCUGAAAUUUUCCCAGUACUUUGAAACAGUUUUCUCGGAAAAGAUCACCCGAUUCUGGCACCACACCAGUCUGGUGCACACUUUCCUUUUGAAAAUUUUAAUGUACUUUUAUGGCUCUAGUAACACUCUGAUAAUGCCGGAAAAUACUUACUUUACUCUUUUCAGGCUUUUUCCAUUUUGUCGAAGGCCAAAGAAGAAGAUGACAUUAAAAGACAGGCCUUGCUUGGCUUUUACGCCGAAGCCCAAGACAUUCUGAGUAAAAUGGACGAACCGAUGUUAACUUUACUUCAGAGGCACACAAAAAAUGUGAAAGAAAUUUUGGAGUGGCACGAAAAGCAGCUGAAGCAGACGCAGUACUUUCUUCUUGUGUCUGGUGAAUGAUUCAUCCCCUGAAAACAGUGUUCUGUUUAUUAGCUAUAAGUUUCAUAUCUCAUGACGAUUUUUCCUGAGUUGCACUCAGCCAAAAGCUAAAUAUAGAUCACAAAUAAUAUGUAAAUUAAGCCAAGCCACUAAAAGUAGAUGCACCCGCACAUUACUGAACGUUAAUUUGAAAGAACAGUGCUUGUCAUCGACAGUAAUUUGAAUACAGUCAUGUUUUACGAGAAAAAUCACAUUUCCCCCCAAUUUUUUCCCGUUAAGUAGUAAGUUAUCUGCAUUUGAAUAGCGCAAAUGUUUACGGGGAUAAAUUGUCUACUAACGUAUUAAGUUGUUUUGGCAUCAUAUUAGUUAUCUUGUCCAAAAAGCUGCAAAAAGUUACCACCAAAGCCCUAAAAUAACGAACCCUGAAAGUAAGUAUCCCCAAAAUAUGCGACCGACCGUAUGGCUGCUGCUUGCGAAGUUAAGCGUAUCGAGGAUGGUAUAAUUAUUUUCAGUUUCGGAACUAUUACGCUAGAUGAGUGUCAAUACGACUGAGAACGACUGAAAUUUCAACUCUGAUCUGUUGUUUCAUGUCUCAAAUAAAAUCAAGGUUAAAAAAUAUUACCGACAUUCUUCCUAUUAAGUCACCCGCAUUUGAUGUUUUAAAGUCUGCAACGCUCAGCUGCUUCUGGUAUGUUAAGAGGGUGAGACUCCUGCUUGCUAUAAUGAUGGGGACUCCUACUGCUGAAAACAUCUGGUACAAUGCAUAGGGGAAGUCUCUCUCAAAGCCCAUUUGUCUCGUCACUCAACGCUUCUUCCAAGGGAGGAUAUACCGUAUUUAUUCGAUUGAACGUCUCGGCCUUUAUUCAAUUUUUAGCGUUUUCAAUGUGGCGUUUAUUCAAAGAUGGCGUUUAAUCAAGGGCGGUAACGGGUUUGAAAAUAUUAUGUAAUUUAAAGGUUCCAAUGUCUCUCUUAUUUUGCUGAGAUAGAAUCGUAGAUGUCUGGAUGGUGUAAAUUACCAAGUUGUAUAGCCUGUGUACAGACGCCCCCCAUCCCUCAGAAAAAAUCGGGAGAUUUUUUCUGAGGGAAGGGGGACGUCCGGUCACAGGCUACAAGUUGUACCGAGGUUUCUCUUAUUCUCCUUGAGUAAACGUCGCAAUCUCAUUAGGUGCUCGGUUUAUUCGAGGACAGCGUUUAUGGAUAAUUUUGCUUCCAUCUGCGGCGUUUGAUCGAGAGCGGCGUUUAAUCGAAUAAAUACGGUAAGGCGGGGAGGCGGCCGUUCUGGCAAAUGCUUCCAAUAGGAUAGUUCCGUUUUGGGUGCCAUAAAACGCCAUCCAAUUUACUGGGUACCGCACUGGCGGACUGGUCGUUUUGGUAUUUUUGCAGGUGAAACGUCCUCUGGUAAAAGCAGCUUGGUGAAUCUUAUUCUUGGAGAGGAGAUUCUGCCGUGUUGUACCACCGUCACAACGUCCACCAUUUGUGAACUGAAGUAUGGAGAGAGACGUGCAAUGGUGGUGCACUUUAAAGACAAGGAUCCUGAAACAGGAGAGACCACUAAACACAUCCCACUUGACGAACCUUUUGAAGAAAGUAGUUGUCGUGAGCAGAUCUCGACUUUUGUUCACAAGAAAGGUUCAUCGUUUAAAAAGGUUGAACUUUUCUGGCCUCACGAUCUUUUACAGGUGACUAUAAUAAUCUAAUAGGACUGAGUGGAGUCCAAUUCUAUCUGUAAUCAUAACUAUAACAAAAUUGUCAAAUCUGAUUGGCCAUCAACUGCCCUGAUUUCAGCCUUAAAUGGACAGUUUAAUAGGACAGUACGCGUCAUGCCUAAGUAAUUGGACAGUACGCGCCAUGACGCGCGCGCUUAAAUGGCUUUUUUCACUGCUAGCAAAACAAAAUUUCGAAUUUCUUGUGUUUUGAUUUAACAAAUAGCCUAUCAUAUCACAAAUUUUGUUAAAGUUAUGAUUAAUUGGUAACAGAACUUCAUGUCAUCCAAUUCGGUCUGUAAUCAUACUCGUGAUUAAACAAAUCGGACUCCCGCUACGCGGUCGUCCGAUUUUGUCAAUCACUCACUGGUGCGCGCGCGAUGGUGCUUCUGUCCUAUUACAAUGCACCUAUUAAAAUGCUAAAACUCAAUCAAGGCAUGAGGCUUUCUUAGAAAUUUCUACAACUGCUAAGAAUUUGUAAAAAUUUUGACUUUCAAGGGAUAUACUAUUUUUUUAAUGGAAUGCUCUGAAUUCUGAACACCUUGUAAAAAAGCAGACUUGCGGCGCAGCCAUAUCUUUAGUUGUUUCGAAUGCGGAGAGAGAUUUUUUUAGUCGCCCACUUGCAGGCUUACCCCCGGGGCCCAGUUGUUGAAACGCUGGUUAGGGCUAACCCGGGGUUAAAUUUUAACCCGGGUGGCUUUUUCUAUUUAUCAAAAGCAUUCUCUUGGAUAAUUUUCUCUAUUCUUUUUAGAGUAUCCAAUCAUCACAUUGUAGGCAAAGUGAAUUAAACGGAAUUUGCUCUUUGGGCCCUCAUACCUGAGUUCAAAUUUCGCACUAACCCUGGGUUACGAUAACCCAGCUUCGAACAACCCGGCCCAGAAGAUUUCUUGCUCUCAGUUGCUUUUGCCCCACUAAGGCCUAUUUGAGUUUUCCCUCGUUCUCAAGAUAGAAUUAAUUAACUGGUCUAAGAUGUUCUAUACCCUCGUUCUCAAGAUAAAAUUAAUUAACUGGUCUAGGAUGUUCCGUACCCUCGUAUCCUGGAAAUUUCUUUACUUGAUACCAUCCUCAGGUAACUUUUGUUACUGAAUUAUAGAAAGGAAUAGUGAUAAUUGACGGCCCUGGUGUCGGAGAAUCUGACGAAAUGGAUGAAAUGGUGAUUCAGUAUCUGCCUGAAGCCUUUGCGUUUAUAUAUGUCGCUAACGGUUCAAAUGCAGGUGGAGUUCAAAAGGACAGAGUGAGUACCUGGAUCAGAAUGUGAGUCCGUUCCAACAGUUUAUACAAAUGUUAAGGGUAUUCAUGCUAUCGGAUAUUAUAAGAAAAAACGAAAUAAUUUUAGUCUGGUUGAAAAGAACUGACGGCCGAUUCCUAAGGAAAUUUCCAUAAAAACGCGUGGAUUAUGAAACUUGAAAAAAAUAAAACUGGAUUCCAUUCGGAAGGGUGGCCUCUUAAGUUCAAAAUCCAUUUUUGGAUUUAAGUAAAAAAAACGUACGAUCAUUUUUGGAUUCAACAAUACAGAUUUAGAUUUUUCUAAAGAAGCAAACGCAGGCAGUACCACAUUUUCAUUAAAGACGUCAGUUAUCGUAAAUUCGAAUUCUCUAAUUUGCGCCCGGGGCGCUUAUUUAAUUUUCUAAGGCGAGAGGGAGGCGCUUACUUCGUUUAGCAAUUUUUGGCCUCAAAAUGACACUAUCUUUAUUUCUAGUUAACCAAAACUGUCACAUGUAAAGCAAGCACUUAUGUGCUCACAUGGAUAUUUCUAUCAAGGAAAUGAGAAGUAGACCCGUACGACUUUGAAGAACAUUUAUUUUGUACUAUUACGAAUGUCACGUUCAUAAAGUACCGUAUACGUCUCGUAUAACGUACCGAGUGUUGAAGCUCGUUAUUUCUCGGGAAGGGGGGGCUUAUUUGAAGGGGUGCGGUUAUCCCAGAUUUUAAACCUUGGGAGGGGCGCUAAUUCGAGAAUUUACGGUAAUUUACUUAGUAUAGCUAUAUAGCUUGGGUGUUGGCUAAAUAAGAAAAUGCGAACGCCUAAGGUUUUGCAUCAACUUUUUUCCCGAGGGCUCUUCUAGAAAAAAAACAAAACAAAACAAAGAAAGGAGCACUCUAUGCUAAUUCGGAAUAGCUUCUAUUUGGCUGACUGUUUUAGAAUGGUACUUUUUAAGGGCCACGUCACAUAGUACGGUCCACGCCCAGAUUGACCUCCAUUUGCAGUGUUAUUCCAAUUUUCCGUUGAACUUCUCCCCCCAUUUCAACGAAGCUCUCUCAGGAAAAAUUUUAUUGCCCUCUUGUUGUCAACUUUUCCUUCAUAACUAUAAUGAUGAUAUCUCACAGCUUGCAAAACUACUCCAAAGCGCAAGGGACGUGUUAAUCGAUGUAACAGGAGAAAGAAGAGAGGAUUGUGGAUUAUCGCUAGCCAUACAGAAACAUCUGUUAUCCAAGUGUGCUUUGUUUGUGUGCAACAAAUGGGACUACGUCCCGGACAAAGAUGUGCCAAUCGUUAAGAAUGAAGUUAUAGAGAAACUCAAAAGGGUCUGGCCUGGUGUUGAUCCCGAUUCACAGAUCAUUUACAUGUCAACCACGAAAGCUAGUUGUGCUCAAAGCCUUGGUGUUAUCUCCAUAGAAUUUUCAUCGUUAAUGGAAAGACUAAGGUCAUUGGUCUUGCAGAGUAUCGAAGCAAAGCUGGAACUUCAUUGGGAGUAAGCAUUAUUGUGCAUGUUUUAAUUUUGUCCAUCACCACUGUGAAACUUAUGGACGGGUGUUAAUAUAUUCAUUGACGAGUAAAGAGUAGUCAGAAGACAAUUCUUAUGGACGAAAAUAACGUGAAACUAGUUAUUUUUGGUGUAAGUAAAGAACAACUUCAAAGUCAUUCUUGAAGACAAGAAAAGGGUCUCGUAGCACAAAUUCACGUUUGCCGUAAACGUGUCUCUAAAUCUCUCUAAUAUCAACAGAAGACUGGAUCACGAAUUGAAAUAUUUAUUUGUUUUAGAUGGCUAUACAAACUUUUUUCAAGGAUUUUCAUUCAAGCAAAAGUGUUUGCGGUAAACGCUUCCAAGAGCCCCGAGGAAAUCAGGGAGAGACUGGACAAAAUUUUUAAUCGCUUAGAGGGGAAUCAAAAAGAUCAAGAUAAAGUGAUAAAAGACCCCCGCCAAUCGGCUCGCUAUCAGCCUUUGUUCUAUGUGGCAAAACAGCACAGGGAUCAACUGGCAAAAUUUGGCUUAAGCGAGGUUUGUGCUGUAAAAAUCGAUCGCGAGGAAUUGGAGUGGAAAGAAGAAGCAUCUUCUUGCCUUGGCCGUGGAGCAUUUGGUGCCGUUUACCAAGGAACAAUGAGAAGAGAUGGAGAGGUAACAACAGUAGCAUUGAAGGUGUGGGAUGAGGCGCUUGAUGCCGCAAAUGCAAAAGAAAUCAUGGAGGAGAUAAAAAAUUUGAGGUAAUGAUUGUACACUCACUAGUCCGGAACAUACCACCACUUAUAAACUUUUUUUUUAGUACAGUCACUUGCCUGUCAUAUGCAUGUUCCUCGGCAGUAUCAUUGAUAAUAUGUUCAAGUUUCCUUGCAGAUUUUCCUCGAAAAACAGUUGAAAUCUAUUGUCCGACGAGUGUUAUUUUUGUGUAUUUUUGCAAUCACUUUGAGUCCGUGAAAGUUUAGUAAUUCGGCUCGUUUUUCGAUUCUUCUACAGCAGCUGUCGGUGAUCUCUCGCAACAGUUCGGCUGCCGCGCCACUAUCCUAGGUGACGUCAGUCGUGGAUAAUUUUUGUUGAUAUUCCCGCCAUCAGUUAUGAGUGACGUCAAUGAUAAACUACAGUGGAAAAUCGAUAUACCGAAGGGCCAAAUAACUGGCAACAUGUGGUAUUAAUAUUAAUAAUAAUAAUAAUAAUAAUAAUAAUAAACUAAUUAAUUUAUAAUUAUCAAUCUUCGUCUUUUCUGUUAAUUAGAGUGCUAAACCACCCUCACAUUGUGAAGUUUUAUGGCAUAUUACUGGACAAAGGAACUUCAAAAACGGCUUUGGUCAUGGAAAAGUGCAAAGGAAACUUAAAGACCCACAUCUUUAGUGGUCCAGAGUCAGUUCCUGGCAAAUCUGAAAACCCCGCUGUCUUCAAAGACGUAUGCCGUUGUGCAAAAGAGAUCACCGAUGGUUUGGCUUUUAUGCAUGCGAAGGGCGUUGCGCACCGGGGCCUCAAGCUGGAAAACAUAUUGGUACUAAUCGUAUAACAAUAAAUGCAUAGAUACGUUUCUGGCCUGUGUAUAGCCGCCCCCUCCCCUCAGAAAAAAAAUUGGAGAAGGGGCGUCUGUGAUUCAAUGUUGCUCAGAAACAUCGUGCAUGGCAAUAAUUUUGCAUAAAAGCCCUUACAAACCCUUAUUGAAGGAAAAGAUCCAUGAUCUUAUGCAAGCCUUACCACUGGAUACGGAAAGUUAUUAGUUUGAAAUAAAGUGUCGACAGGUCAGACGCAACUCAUUAGCCUGUGAGAGAGCCUGUUCACAGGCUACAAAUCAUAAGCUGGUGAUAGUGUGAAACGUGACCUUAACGUUUGGUCGAGCAACAGAGGUUUUCCUCCUUUACUCUCUCAGGGGCACCCAGCGACUUUUUUCUGUAAAAUAACUAUUCGAAGGAGAAAAUAUUGCCUAGAAAUUUCUAAAGCUUGAGAAAAGCUAAAGAUUUCUGGAUAACCGUUCCAUACGUCUAAAAUAUUCGGAGUUUUUGUAAUAGCUAAACUACGAUUUUCGGAGGUUGUGUUAUUCACAUUUUAAUACCAAAGUAUUGCGAUUAAUGUUAAAAAAGUUCUCCUAAAACAAAACGUCCGCUAUAAUACGGGUUGCACAGGUGAAAAUUCGUCCUUUAAAAAUUUGUCCGGACGCGUGUAAACCAGACUCGUACCCAGUCGCUAUUUAAGUGUUUUUUUCGGGUGAGAGAAGAUUGGGGAUUAGGUUGAGGCGCGCACGGGGUAAUCCCCCCAAUCUUCUCUCACCCCAAAAAACACUUAAAUAGCGACUGGGUACGAGUCUGCGUGUAAACGGCGUCUCAGAGAAAUAAAGAAAAAAGUAUAGUUAGUGCGCUCUUCUAAAAGUUUAUAUUCCUUGACCCAUUAAAGCUGACUGACGAAAAUACAGUGAAGAUUGCAGACGUAGGCCUGGCUAAAGCAGUAAUUCUCAUCACUGGUACCUAUGUGGGAACACCUGUUUAUAUGGCACCGGAAGUGUUUCAUUCCCAAGUGUACAACACCAAGGCAGACAUCUACAGUCUGGGGCUGUUAAUGUGGGAGAUGUGGUACGGACAGAGAGUCUUUGUUAACGUUGCAGCAACAACACUUCAAGAUUACUUUGAUUGGGUCGAUAAAGGAAACCGUCCAGUGGACAGGCAGGGCUGCAAGAAGCCUCCAUCCUUCUGGUGCAAGCUGAUGAGAGAGUGUUGGGACAGUAAUCCAGAGAAACGCCCCACAGCAAGAGAAUGUAACCAAAGAAUAGUCGGGGACUGA